UAAGUUGGCCAGCUUACGAUCCCCCGGGGCUCUAUCACAUCACUGUUCUAACAAUGGCAGCAGUAAGAGAGUUCACUUCAAGCAAGUGAAAAAGAAAGGAUAGAAAACUGCAAAGCACGAUGACGAUGAAGCAUCAGAGCCAGAGACCAGGGGAUGCUCUACCGAGCACAGCCCUGCUCAAUAUAUUCUGCAAAACCUCCAUUAAAGAUCGAUUUGACAAUAUCCCAUUUGUUUGCAAAUCAUGGGCUUAUGCCUCUGCUGACCCGCACUGCUGGGCUUCAAUGAUCGCCGAAUCAGAAUCAGAUUCUUUUGAGGUUGCGUUUCUUAAGGAUUCUUAUCCUUAUGGUUCAAGUUUUGUUGACCCUUUUGACGGGAGACGUAGCACCGAUCCCCAACGUGGCGUGAUCUGCCUGCAAGCGCUGAUUCGAAGAGCUGGUGGCGGUGCCGCCAUCAAUUCGCUGUAUUUCUUCCCUUUUCUCACUUCCGUCGUCAGCCCUCCUAACGAUGAUGAGCUUCUUCGGCUCAUAGCUAAGCACUGCCCAAACUUGAAGCAUCUUUCUUUUCAUGGAUCUUUCCAUGCCUCAGAGGAAGCAAUAUUCAAUGUUUUUCGCAGCUGUCGAGAACUGGAGCUUAUUGACUUCUCCAACACCCCAUAUUGCUAUACUUCGAUUUUGCAAGAAUUGAGUUGCUGCUGUACUAAAAUUAGAGGGGUUAGAAAGCAGGAUGUUCUUGAAACAAACUUUGCUUAUGAUCUAACUAAAUGGUUUCCAAGAUUGAGGCUUUUGAAUGUGUCCUAUUCUACCAUUGUUGAUUUAGACAUGUUUACUAUUGUUACCAAAUGCAAGGAACUUCAGUAUCUAGAUGUUACAGGCUGCCAGCAAUUGAUUCGCUACAUGGACAUUGUGAAGAUAGCUUCAAAGAGGAUACCAGAAAUCCUGUACGAUUGAGCUUUUGGAUAAGAUGUAUUUCUUGUACGAAUACUAUUUUAUUUAAUGUCCCCAAUGAAAUUCUGAAGUGUUCUUCAAGUUUUGGUUAUCCAUUGGAACU